AUGUACUGGAAAAAAUCACGCAUGCUGUGUCUACCUGUUGAGGGUCUCAGGACUCUGACAUUUCCUUCUCACUCCAUUCCCAGCAGGAAGAGGAACAUGAGGAAGGGGAACCAGAGCAGUGUGUCUGAGUUCAUCCUCCUGGGGCUCCCCAUCCAGCCAGAGCAGCAGGGCAUCUUCUUCACACUGUUCCUGACCAUGUACCUGACCGCGGUGCUGGGGAACCUGCUCAUCAUCCUGCUCAUCAGGCUGGACUCUCGCCUCCACACCCCCAUGUACUUCUUCCUGUGCCACCUGGCCUUCUCCGACAUCUCCUUAUCAUCUGUCACCAUCCCAAAGAUGCUCAGCAACAUGCAGACUCAGCACCUGUCCAUCCCUUAUGAGGGGUGCAUCUCUCAAAUGUAUUUUUUCGUGUUAUUUCUAUCUGUUGAUACUUAUCUUCUUGGAGUGAUGGCAUAUGACAGGUAUGUUGCCAUCUGCCACCCACUGCACUACAUAGUUAUCAUGAGAGAGGAGCUGUGUGACUUAUUGGUGGCUGGAUCUUGGUUCCUCUCCUGUAUGCGUGCCCUGCUGCACACCCUGCUCCUGUCCCGCCUGUCCUUCUGUGCUGACAACACUAUCCCCCACUUUUUCUGUGAUCUCAAUGAACUCCUGAAGCUUACUUGCUCAGAUACCACCCUCAAUGAGCUAGUCAUCUUCACUGAGGGAGGAGUAUUGACUCUCCUGCCACUGG